CCACGGUUUCUACACCCAAGACAAUAGAAGUGGAUCAUCUCUCCCCCCUUGACAAGUUCGCGGAGAAACAUCUGAUCUUGCUUCUUUGACGAGCCAUGGCCGAGGAGAAGCACCACCACCACCUGUUCCACCACCGCAAGGAGGAGGAGAGCUCCGGCGAGGUCGACUACGAGAAGAAGGAGAAGCACCACAAGCACCUGGAGCAGCUCGGCGGCCUCGGCGCCAUCGCCGCCGGCGCCUACGCUCUUCACGAGAAGCACAAGGCCAAGAAGGACCCCGAGAACGAGCACGGCCACCGGAUCAAGGAGGAGGUGGCCGCCGUCGCCGCCGUGGGCUCCGCCGGGUUCGCCUUCCACGAGCACCACGAGAAGAAGGACGCCAAGAAGCACGGCCACAACUGAACGCACGCGCGCGCGCGCGUGUUUAUUUGCCUGAACGGCUGAACCCUGAAGCAUCUAUAGAAAAAAAAAAGAUUUGUUCUUUCAACUCGUGUGCGACAGGUCUUGAUUUUGGCUGAUUUAUCUGCACCUAGGAUUUCGGUCUGGAUCCUCGGUGCUCCUGAAUCAAGUGCAAAAUCAAGCUUCGAAUAAUAAGCCUGUGGUGUACUGGUGUGCGUACGGCCGCCGCGCCUGUCUUUGCUUGUGUAAAGUGUACUGGAUCAUCUUUAUAUUUUUCUUGUCUGUCCUCGAAUAAUAUCGAUUUAUUAAAAAA